GUCUUCUUUAAAUAGUAUAAAAUAGUAAUAAAAAAAUUAAAAUUAAAACAAAAAAGAAAAAAAAAAAGAAAACAUUUUACAGAAAAAAUAGAGAAGAGAAGGUUCGCCUGUAGUAGAUUUGCUGUAACUGCAUUCUCUCUCUCUCUCUUGCUGAGUAGUCAGCUCAAACAUCCAGCUAGCUCUCUCUGUACUGCUCUCAAAGCUUUUAAAGCUAUUUUUGGCUUUUUGCUCAAAUUUCUUCAAAUUCUUCCCCCCAACAACCCUUUUGCUUUCUUUUUCUUCUCCAAUCUGAUUCUUCUUUCAAAGAAUUUUGUUGCAGAAAUGGCAUUCAUUCAUAUGUUUCUUGGUCAUCAUGGACUCCGUUGCAUUGAUCACUGGAAUUGAUGUCAUUGAAGAUGGAACGGGUCUUUGCAAUUUUGAUACUGUCUUGCUUGUAUUCUUUUGUAUUGCCUGAUUAUCAAGGAGAUGCACUUUUUGCAUUGAAAACGUCAUUGAAUGCUUCUCCCAAUCUGCUUAGAGACUGGAAUCAGAACCAAGUUAACCCAUGCACUUGGUCCAAUGUUAACUGCGACCCUAAUAACAAUGUCAUCUCUGUAACAUUGUCGUAUAUGGGAUUUUCUGGAAUCUUAUCCCCCAAAGUAGGAGCCUUGAAAACUCUUAGAAUACUACCUCAAGAAUAGGAAGGCUUCAAGUUAAUGCACAUCUGAAAGAUUAGAAGAACAAUGCUGGAAGGAUUUGACAGCUAUAAUGCUGGAAGGAUUUGAAAGGUUUAAGGAAAGUUCUUCUUGGUGAAAGUAGAAGCAAUCAUCUGAGGGUGCUGAUGGUGACAAUAAUAGACAUUGUUAGAUUUCCUUAUACAUUGCAAGGAAAUGGCAUUAUUGGUCAGAUACCCAAAGAGUUUGGAAAUCUUACAAGUUUGGCAAACUUGAAUUUGGAGAAUAACAAAUUAAGUGGUGUAAUACCGUCGUCCCUUGGUAAUCUUAAAAAGCUUCAAUUCUUGAUAUUGAGUCAAAAUAACCUGACUGGGACUAUCCCUGAGUCACUCUCCAGUCUUCCAGGCUUGAUUAGUCUUCAGCUUGAUUCAAAUAAUCUCAGCGGUCAAAUUCCUGAGCAUUUAUUCCAAGUCCCGAAGUACAAUUUCACAGGAAACCACUUGAACUGUGACAUAAAUUUCCUUCACCCUUGUGAAACUGAUAGUGAUGAUUCAGGUGCUUCACAUAAGCCAAAUAUUGGACUUAUAAUUGGAAUUUCUGGAGGAGUAAUUGUUGUUCUCUUUAUUGGAGGCUUUCUCUGUUUUCUACGGAGGAGUAGACGAAGAGGAUCUAAGCGUGAAGUUUUUGUAGAUGUUGCAGGUGAAGUGGACCGAAGAAUUGCAUUUGGUCAAUUGAAAAGAUUUGCAUGGAGGGAAUUACAGCUGGCCACUGACAACUUCAGUGAGAAAAAUGUCCUUGGGCAGGGAGGUUUUGGAAAGGUCUACAAAGGAGUGUUAUCUGAUAGCACAAAGGUUGCUGUGAAAAGGUUGACUGAUUAUGAGAGUCCUGGGGGCGAUGCAGCUUUCCAGCGGGAAGUUGAAAUGAUAAGUGUAGCUGUUCACAGGAAUCUAUUACGGUUGAUCGGAUUUUGCACAACCCCAACAGAGCGCCUUUUGGUGUAUCCCUAUAUGCAGAACUUAAGUGUUGCCUAUCAAUUACGAGAGAUUAAACCUGGGGAGCCUGUUUUGGAUUGGCCUACAAGAAAACGAGUAGCAUUAGGCACUGCACGUGGAUUGGAGUACCUACAUGAACAUUGCAAUCCUAAGAUCAUUCACCGAGAUGUGAAGGCUGCAAAUGUGCUACUUGAUGAAGAUUUUGAGGCAGUUGUUGGAGACUUUGGCCUGGCAAAGUUGGUGGAUGUUAGAAAAACUAAUGUGACAACACAAGUUCGUGGGACGAUGGGUCAUAUAGCACCCGAAUACUUGUCGACUGGGAAAUCAUCAGAAAGAACAGAUGUUUUUGGCUAUGGAAUUAUGCUCUUAGAGCUUGUAACAGGUCAACGAGCAAUUGAUUUUUCACGCUUGGAAGAAGAAGAUGAUGUUUUAUUGCUUGACCAUGUGAAGAAGCUGGAGAGAGAGAAACGCCUGGAUGCCAUUGUGGAUCGCAAUCUAAAUGAUGAGUACAACAUUGAAGAGGUAGAAAUGAUGAUCCAAGUUGCGUUGCUAUGUACUCAACAAUCACCAGAGGACCGCCCAGCUAUGUCGGAGGUGGUUCGUAUGCUGGAAGGAGAGGGGCUGGCUGAGAGGUGGGAAGAGUGGCAGCAUGUUGAGGUUACUCGUAGGCAGGAGUAUGAGAGAUUACAGAGAAGAUUUGACUGGGGAGAAGAUUCAGUUUAUAAUCAAGAUGCUAUUGAGUUGUCUGGUGGAAGAUGAGGUUACGAAAAAAUUUGAACUCGUUUCCUCUUAUUACAAUAUAAGCUUGUAAAAUUCUUUUUGGUAGGUUAGCUUGAUGGCUCCCUGAAUGAAGCAUGCUUGUAAUUCCAAUUUACAUAAUCAUGGCAUAUUUCGGUUGUGAUGGUUCGCUGGCGUAAGCUCCUUUUUCUGCUUGGUCUUAUGUUUUUUUCGAUUUGUAUUACAUUUGUUGUUACAUUUUUGAAGUGUGACAAGCUCAAAAGAAUACGUACCUCACAUCUUGUAAUGUGAAACAUGGUAUGAUAUUGAUAUUGAUCUAAAGGAUUUGACCCCAUUCCGGUUUUCAA